GUGACUAUACCAUCAACAUGGCUGCCUGGUUGAGCCAAGAUGGGAGCUACGUGCACCAAAAAUCGUAAAAUUUACCUCCAAAAUGCAGGAAAACCAGGAUGAAAAUCUCCAAGCACCUCUCGUAGGAUAUUGAACUUUGAAAUGGUACAAAUUACACCGCGUUUUGUUUGUAAUUUCAAGAUUUUAGCGAGUGAGAAUAACUGACUGAAGCUUGAAGUCAGCUCUGACCACAACUUGGCUCGAGAAGAGCUGGUCAUUUUGGGUUUUCGGGGAAUUCUUUUCGACCGAAAAAGACUCUAAAGAUAUCCCUUUUGUUCUGUUAAAGGCAUAAUGUCAAGAAAACACAGUACACUAUUAAAGGAAGAAAUAGAUGAUGAAGUGGAGGGAUCAGGUGGAGACAAGAAGAAAAGAGAGAAAGAGAAAGAAGGAGUAGAAAAGAAGAAGAAAUCUCACAAGAAAGGAGGGGUGGAAAGAAGUGAAGGAUAUUACAAUGACGUCAUGUCAACAAAGCAAAAUACUGCCAUCAGUACCGCUGCAGUUAAUCCAAGUGCAGAAAUGGUAACAUCACCAGUACAUACUCAACCCUCGGCAGUCAUCCCCCCACCAUUACAACCACCCCCUCAGUCUCAUCAAAGUCACCGACAUCAUGUAGCACAACAGAAUUACAAUGUCGCUGUAUCACAGAUCUCACCUAAUGCGCAAGCAUAUGCUGUGCAAGGCGUCCAAGGACAGGUUGGUGUGCAACAGAUACCUGGAGUACAACAAAAACAAGGUGUGCCAGGACAGGUCGGGGUACAACAGAUACCAGGAGUACAACAAAUACAUAACCAGCAAGUUGCUGCAGGACACUGGCAGCAGCAGGCCGCACCUCAAAGAAUUCUACCCCCGCCUAGCACACAGCAUGUUCAAAUUUUGCAACAACCAUUCCAGCAAAUACAGUCCCCCCAGCAACCCCACCCCCAGGUCCAAUUUACACCCCAAGUGCAACAAGUUCAGUACCAUCCCCAACCCCCACAGCAAGGGUAUUACUCUGUAGUACAGUACCCCCAUGGGGUGGCAAGGGGUCCCAAUCAAGUGCCUGGACAAGUAGUUCCAUACCAAACACAUCCUAUUGCCGUACAUCCUGGAAUGGUUGCUGAUGACCAGGGUAAUGUCUGGACACCUACUGCUCCUCAGAGCCCUACCAAUCAGGGACAGAUACAACAUGAGGGAACCUGGCCACAACAUCCCGAAGGAAAUUGGGCAGGACAACCACCUGGUACUGCUGAUCCCAACUGGCGCCCAGGAAUGGUCCCAGCACAGGAUCAACAAAGAGAAGGAAACUGGGCGGCAUUUGACGGCAGCCYUCCAUUUGAAACCAAAGCUCAAUUAACCAAUAGAAAAGAAAUAACAUGGAAAGAAAGUCCUGACAACAGCUCAAGUGAUGAAGAAAUUGAGCGCAGUAGUUCACCAGAGCUGGCUGGCGAGGAGGGGGAAGGUCUUUUGAGAGCUCCUUCUCUGACAAGCUUCGCAGAAAGCACCAGUAGUAUCGAGGAAGAAGGUGAAGACAACCCUUGGAAGAUACAACUAGAACAACAGGAAUACUACACUAAACAAUUCAAAAGAUUGCAGCCUGAUGACGGCGGUGUUAUUAAAGGUCCAAAGGCAAGAGAUUUCUUUUUAAAAUCCAAUCUGCCUACAGAAACCCUUUCAAAGAUUUGGCACCUAUCGGACAUCAAUAAAGAUAAUGCUCUAGACCUAAAUGAAUUCUGCAUAGCCAUGCACCUCGUGGUGGCCAUAAGACAUGGAUUAGAAUUACCAUCAACAUUACCAGAUGUACUUUUAUAUCACAGAUGCCAGGAAACAGCUAAUGAUGAUUUGUCUAGUGAUAGAACUACACCAUUACCAGAAAAUGUUCGACAAGAUAAUAUGGAUACAGUACAUGAGGUUUCAAAGCCAUGGGCACGAUUUAGACCAUCAUCUUACUCUGAUAGAUCAAAGAUUCUCAAUCACAUCUCUUUCGAUCAUUCUGUUAGUAAACCAAUAACUUACAGAGACUCUAAAGAAGAUACCGAUGAUGUUAGACCUCGCUCACUGUCAGACCCAUCAAUCAACGAGGACCAACCAUCAGAAGUGUCUCGUAAAACCUCAAUGCCGUCCUCUAAUGUCUCCAAGCCUAAUGCUGAUGGCACACUCAGUCCUGGUCCUGGGCCUACAGUCAGUAUUGAGAGGCCGAGAGCAGUAGCUAAGUUCAGCUUACUGGAUGCUCAACCUGGACAGCUUCUGCCACCUCCGUCUGGAAAGUUUGGUGGCUGGACACAGUCAAAGCCCGACAGAAAAGAUUCCUAUUCUGGAGAGUCUGAUGAGGAUACAGAUGAAGACUCUGAAGAAGCAGAAGAAGAAUCAAGACCAUUGUCACCCGGUCAGGCCAUGCCAGGGCCAAUGCCGGCUGUCCCUGAAGACAGUACCUCAGAGUCUCCUCGCACCCCACCCUCAUCACCCCUACAAGGAUCUCAAGUACCCAAACCAGUGUUCCCAGAUUCUGCCCAAGUCACUCGGAGAUUAAGCAAGAAAAGUAACGAGAGACCAAGGUCUGCUGGUGAUUUAAAUGACGUGAAGCCGCUGUCACCAAAUGAUAGUAGUGCUGGUUCAACACCCACUAAUAGUAGUAUUGGGUCUGACGGCAAGAAGGAACCACCCCCACCACCACCCCCUAGGAACAAAAAAGGUCAUUCCAGGUCAUCUUCAUUGGAUCUGAAUAAACUGUUUGCUUCGAAAGGAAAAGAGAGUAGAGCCAAUACGAUUGGAUCUCCUAGCUCAAGUCAUUCUAGCCAGCAUAGUCAGAAUAGCGAUAUAGCCAUAUCUUCCAAGACCCCGGAGCCAAAGAAUGAAGAAGAAGAUGGAGAAAUCAAAAAGUCCAAAGAAGAUGUCGCCAAGGAAGAGAAUUUUGCAGAUUUCAGUAACUUUGAAACAUUGGUCAAAGCACAGAGUACUGUUGAUGAGACCCAGAUGAAUGUACCGACUGGUGGACGUACUCAUAGGCGCUCGCUUUCUCUUGAUCAAUGCCAGGAUUAUUUGCCAAAGGCCACAAAACCCAACAACAAUGAAGUUGUGACAAGAACAAAUAACGGUCCUGCUAAAGUACAGGAAGCUCUACCUAGACCUGUACCUAAGCUGAAGCCGCCUGGAUCGCCUCCUGUAAAACUAUUAAAGCUUCCUGAUAGAACACCGAAGAAAGAAGGCUCCGAGGAGAGAAAACUUAAAACAGAGCCCCCCAAAGUUAUUGUCAAACCGCUUACCAAAAAAGGAAAGCUGCAAAAUAAUAUACGUGACUUAAAGGAUAAAAACCAUUUAUUGUCAAGACUAAAUAGCGAGCUACAACAAGAAUGUAAAGAGGCUAUGGAACAACGAAUAAGCUUGGAGCUCAAACUAGAGCGUCUGAAGCCUUUCACUUCAAAGUAGAAUAUAACAAAAAACCUCGUGCGACACAGGGAUCCCAUCGGUGAAAUACUAUAAUCACAAUAACUAUAUUUUAGGGAGAGCCUCAGGGGAGAGCCUUUCCCUCCAUAAACACACAGGGAUCCCAAAAAGUGUUCAGUUCUGCUCAUUCGACGUCCUGUGACGUAUUUCCGGUUGAAAAGACUUAAAAUGAAAAGCUACUAAAACAAAUCUUAAAGUUCAUUUCUAUCCAGUAGAAAUCAAAUAUACGAAAAACAAACACAUUCUAGGUUAGAAAAGUCUAGAAAAUAAUGCUUGCAUUUCAAGCUCAAAAGUCUCUUUUCAAAUUAUUCAAAUUUUAUUACAACUUGUGACGUAUUUCCGGUUCCAGUUUCGUCAUACGUUCACUAGAUUUCGAAUUUCAUCACAAUUGUGAAUUUUCUCGCUUUCUGAUUGGUCUAGAGCCGGGGAAAUAGGAGGACAUACCGAUAAAUUACGUCAGCAAAUCACGCACGCGCUUGGAACCCCAUUUUUCUUUUUUUCUUUUUUGUAGUAAAAAACCACCUCGGCUACGCCUGGUGAGUCCAAAACAUUUUGACGGUCAGAUGACAAAAAUCGUGGUAAAUAAGACCACGAAAUAAUUAAUACCAUGGAAAGCUGGAGGAAAUUUGUUGGAUUCUUUCCCCUGAAUUCAACUGCAUCUAAAUAAUAUUUAUGCUACUAGUCAAUCAAACGGAGAUAAAAUAAUCGUAUUUCAAAUGCUCGAGUAAGCCCGGAAGCGGAAGUGAUCUAUGCAAAUCACGUCAACAUGUUAUAGAAAUUCGAACGAAAAAACACUUUCGGGUCCAAAUUAAUAAUUACUUCUACAGACAUUUUUCGGCGUUUUUUCUUCAAAGUAGGACUUUCUGUUCAUAUAUCUAAUCAAUAAAGGUAGAGAAUAAAUCCUGGGAAUAAGUUGUGGCAAGAUUUUAGCGAUUUUUUGUGUGAUUGGAACUGGAAAUACGUCACAAUUUAAAAGUUCAUGCAACAAGUUGGUUAGCAUUUUCCACUUGGAAUCAUAUCAAACUUUCAUAAUAUAUUAUGAUUAAUUUCAUUUUAACGUUAUUGGUAUCAAAAAAUGUUCUUCGUUUGCGGCAAACAGGAAAAAUGAGAGAUGCGGUACGUUGACUCUUAAAUGGCUUCCUCUCUGAACCAAUCAGAAACAAACCACAUUAUUCAGGGAAGCCAUUUAAGUUCGUAUUAUACGGUGACUUUUUAAUGGCUUGGGCUUCCCAUCUGAACCAGUCAUAAAGCACAAAAAACAUGCAUCGUCCAAUCACAGCUUUAAAUUUUGGAAUCCAUUUAAAUGUCACGAUGCUAUGCGUCCACGCUACACAAAACGUGCUCCAAUCAAAAUCAAUUUCGCACUCGGACCCUAAUCAUUAGCCAAAUCCUACGAUUUUCAGUGUAAUGAGUAGGAUCUGAGUACGAGAAUAAAAUUGAACUAGUGUUUAGUCCUUUGCGCUUUGCUGCAUGGAGAGUUACUGGUACCCAGCAGACUAAGAAUUUUUUAUAUAAAGAAAUUAAAGACUAUUAUAUGGU